CCAAGACCGCAACACGCACCGUUUCGCUCUGUGAUGGGUCGACUUCCGCUGUCCAUCCUGCUCCUAGUGGUGGCGAUUUGUUUUGGCCACGCCUACGAGGCACCUGACGCCCAGGUGCGCGUGUUCUAUCCCAAGGGAUUCGAGGUCUCCAUUCCGGAUGCGGAGGGCAUUUCACUGUUCGCCUUCCACGGCAAACUGAACGAGGAGUUCGACGGCCUGGAGGCUGGUCAAUGGGCACGGGACAUCCCAACGGCCAAGCGGGGACGCUGGACUUUUCGGGAUCGCGAGACAAAGCUGAACCAGGGUGAUACCCUGUACUUCUGGACCUACGUGGUUUACAAUGGACUAGGGUAUCGCCAGGACGAAGGAGCACAUGUGGUAACCGGCUAUGACAAUCAAAAGACGUAAUGUUUCUUUUCAAACAAUGGAACAAUAAAACUUUUAAGUCAAGCUUAAAGCUUAUAUAUGUAUGUAGCGUAUUUGUUUACUUUCGAUUCUUAUCCGCUCUUCUGGUAAUCUAUUUUAAGUUUGUAUAACUAUACAAAUUAUACAUUUUACAACAAA